AUGGAACUAGACACAGACGUCCUCAUCCUCGGUGCAGGCAUGUCCGGCCUCAACUUCGCCAUCCGCCUGCAACAAACCUACCCCUCGGCCUCCUACACCAUAAUAGAAUCCACCACCGAAUUGGGAGGCACCUGGUCCGUCAACACAUACCCUGGUUGCGGCUGCGAUGUCGCUUCGCAUUUCUACUCUUACUCCUUUGAGCUGAAACCAGACUGGAGCCAGAAAUUCGCAUUACAGCGAGAGAUAUUGGACUAUUUCCGGGAUGUUGCGCAGAAACAUGAUGUUGUAAAUCAUAUAGAGUAUGAGUCCAGUGUUGAGAGGGCUGUUUGGAAUGAGACUUAUGGGGUGUGGGUGUCUGAUGUUUUGGAUAAGAAGACUGGUACGAUCAGAAAAGUGAGGAGUAGGGUUGUGGUCUCAGCUGUGGGUGCGUUGUCGAUACCUAGGGAAUGUGAAAUUGAGGGUGCAGACACUUUUAAGGGAGCGCUGUUUCAUUCCGCGAGAUGGGAUCAUGAGUUUGAUUGGGGGGAGAAAGAGGUGGUGGUCAUCGGUAACGGCUGCAGCGCAACACAAUUUGUCCCCAUCUUAAGCAACGGAAGCAACAUCAAAAACUACGUUAAACCACGCACCCCAGCCAAAAAGGUAACCCAGUUCGCGCGUCAACCACACUGGCUCGCGGAAAGACCAAACCCCGUCUAUUCCAGCUUCUUCAAAUGGAGCAUGCGCUACAUCCCGCUUGUAAUGCGUAUGUACCGUUUCUGGCUAUACACAGACAUGGAAAAGGACUUCUUCGGCUUCAAUCUACUCAAGGGCGUAAACAUUCGUCGGAAUUUGACGAACGAGCGAUUGGAGUAUAUGAAGCGCGCGGCACCGGCAAAGUAUCAUGCUGUGUUGACACCUUCCACCGAGAUUGGAUGUAAACGCAAGGUCAAUGAUACGGAUUACUUCUCGUGUUUGCAUAAUGAGAAUAUGGAGCUGGUAUGGGAUGACCCUGUUGUUGCGGUGACGGAGACGGGUGUGCGCACCAGAUCGGGGAGGGAUAUUCGUGCGGAUGCGAUUAUAUUGGCGAAUGGGUUUCAAACGCAAAAGGUGUUGCAUCCAUUGGAUACAGAUAUCAAAGGUGAAGGCGGCGUUAGUUUGGAUGAACACUGGCAGCAAGUCUCCAACGGCCAUCCACAAGCUUACUAUGGAACCUGCAUCUCACAAUUCCCCAACUUCUUCGUCAUGAUGGGUCCCAAUACUACAACGGGGCAUUUGUCGGUUAUUUACUCGACAGAAUGUCAAGUAAACUUCAGUCUUCGCGUGCUCAAGCCCAUUCUCCAGCGUCCUUCCCUGUUCUCAUUGUCCGCCAAACCUACGAGUGUCGCUGUGACUCUUGCAGCAGAGCAGAAUGACAAUACCUGGCUACAGCACCUGUCUAAGAGUCUAGUCUGGUCCUCGGGAUGUACGAGUUGGUAUAUCGAUACCAAAACCGGACGAAAUACCAUGCUCUACCCGGAUUGGCAGUUCAAUUUCUGGCUGAGAAGUAUCUUUGUGCCUGUAAAGCGUGAUUUUGUGUAUAAGCAGAGCUUGAAAGAGGUCGCACCUUCGCCAUCAACUCAAAAGAGCAAGAAGGGAAGUCGGCUGUUGUGGAAUAGUGCGGUGUUGGCUUCUGUUGUCGGGGCAGUGGGUUUGGGGGCUGGGUUUGUGAGGGGGGAUAUCAAGGUUGAUGAGGUUGAUGAGUUGUUGAAGAGGGUUUCAAACUAG